AUGAAGUUGACAACGGAGCGACAGGUCGGCGGGAGAGCGCCCGCCAAGCGCGGGCUUAUGCAGCCCUCAAACCUCACCACCUGUCAAUACCUCCCAGCCCCACCGUCAUCAAAUGCAUUUGCGCAGAACAUGCACCCUAUCGAAGGGCACCCGGUAGACUUCCUCGCACAGCUCGAUAAUGCGCUGCAGCAGCACCCGAAGCCGAAGAGCCGACUGGCGCCGUAUUUCGAAGCGCACCUGCUUUUCCAAGGCGCAUACCGCACCCCGUCGCCAUCCCCAUCGCCUUCACCGCCGCCGGCUCCAAGUCUCGCGUCAGCGACAUUCACAAGCAAGAAACGCAGGCGCGCAGCUUCGUCAAGCGAGCCGAAUGCCACUCCUCGCCCGUCUAAGCGCCGGAGACCCGCCGAACCAGAGUCGACGGCAGCAGCACAACCCGUCCCAGCAGCAACAACGGCUACUAUAGCCACGAAGCUCGCGAAGACUCAGAUGGGGCGCAAAUUUGCGACCUCCUCGCGCCUAUUGAAGGAGUCGCGAGCGACUGCAAUAGCUCCAAAACCCGCAGCGACGCGCACCCCCUCUAAUCGAACACUCCGAACACGCAAGACUCCCGCUAUUCCACUCUCUCUCUCGACGACACGCAAGUCCGUAGUGUCUACUGCUGGCAGCCUGGAUACAUAUUUGCGCGUUGGGAACACCCCGGCGUCAGUCGUGGUCGGGAGAUACUCGUUGAGAAGGACCGCUGGUAGGAUACGGGCAUACGAAAGCACCGGAGGAUGA